ACUUUUUACCUUUUCACCUGCGGUUCCACCAGUUCGAUUCACUAACCCGGUGAUCGGAAUCAAAGAUCCGGUCGGAAGUUCGAAGCUCGAAAUUCACAUGAUCGGGUUCCGUAGAACAAUUACUUUGUCGGAGAUUCGCAGGUUUAAACGCUUUGGACAAUGUUACUUUUCCGUUAGAACCGCUGCGUCUGCAUUGGAAUGGUCGGAAUCGAUUGUCCCGAGCUUAGACUCUCACACUUACGACGAAUUACUCCGCCGCUGCAUUGGUCAAAACGACCCGAUCUCAACGAAGGCUAUCCACUGCGACGUCGUCAAGCGAGGCAUCUGCUUAGACCUCUUCGCUUCAAACAUUCUCCUCGAUGCCUACGUCAAAGCAGGUUUCGCGGAAGAUGCCUUGAACCUGUUCGACGAAAUGCCUGAGAGAAACCACGUCUCGUACGUCACUCUCAGUCGAGGCAACGCGUGCGAAGAUCCCGUUGGUCUUUACACCAGGCUGCAUCGAGAAGGUCACCUGCUUAAUCCGCACGUGUUCACUUCCUUCUUGAAAUGGUUCGUCGGUGUAGACAAAGCUGAGAUCGGUUGGUGGUUGCAUUCUUUUAUAGUUAAGCUCGGUUUCACCUCCAAUGCUUUCGUCGGAGCUGCUCUUAUCAAUGCCUACGCCGUCUGUGGCGAUGUUGAUAGUGCGAGAAGUGUCUUUGAGGGGAUUUUGAGAAAGGACGUUGUUGCUUGGGCUGGGAUUGUCUCUUGCUACGUGGAGAAUGGGUUCUUGGAGGAUUCUCUUAAACUGCUUUCUCGCACGGGGAUGGAGGGUCUCAUGCCCAACAACUACACUUUUGAUUGUGCUUUAAAGGCUAGCAUUGGGCUAGGCGAGUUUGAUUACGCCAAGAGCGUUCAUGGGAGAAUCUUGAAAACGUGUUACGAGUUAGACCCUCGUGUAGGUAUUGGUUUGCUUCAGUUGUAUACGCAGCUUGGAGACAUGUCUGAUGCUCUCAAAGUAUUCAGCGAGGUGCCGAAGAGUGAUGUGGUGCCUUGGAGUCUUAUGAUUGCUCGUUUUGGUCAGAACGCGUAUUGUGACGAGGCGGUUGAUCUGUUUAUCCGAAUGAGGCAAGCUUUCGUUGUUCCCAACGAGUUUACUUUCACCAGUAUCUUGAACGCGUGUGCCAUCGGAAAGUGUUACGCCUUAGGAAAGCAACUUCAUGGUCUUGUGGUGAAAGGUGGGUUCGAUUUGGAUGUCUAUGUCUCGAAUGCUCUUAUUGAUGUAUACGCCAAAUGUGAGAAAAUGGAUACCGCUGUGAAGCUAUUUGCUGAGUUAUCAAAUAGGAACGAGGUGAGCUGGAAUACAGUCAUUGUCGGGUACGCGAAUCUAGAUGAGGCAGAAGAAGCUUUAAGCUUGUUUCGUGAAGCCCUGAGAAAUCAGGUGUCGGUAACUGAAGUGACUUGCUCAAGUGCUAUUGGAGUUUGUGCUUCUUUGGCAAGCAUGGAGCUAGGCGCGCAAGUUCAUGGCCUGGCGAUAAAAACUAACAAUGCCGAGAAAGUAGCAGUGAGCAACUCAUUGAUAGAUAUGUAUGCAAAAUGUGGUGAUAUCAAAGACGCGCAGUCCAUGUUCGAGGAGAUAGAAACCAAAGACGUACCUUCCUGGAACGCGUUGAUCUCAGGGUACUCCACGCAUGGACUUUGUAGAGAGUCGUUGAGAAUCUUCGACAUUAUGAAGGAUAGUGAUUGCAAGCCAAACGCGUUGACGUUUCUUGGUGUUCUUUCCGGAUGCAGCAAUGCAGGAUUAAUAGACGAAGGUCUAGAAUGUUUCGAGUCGAUGAUUGGAGAUCAUGGUAUUGAACCACGUUUGGAACAUUACACGUGCAUGGUCAGGCUUUUGGGAAGAUCAGGGCAGCUCGAGAGGGCUAUGAACCUGAUCGAAGGGAUCCCAUAUGAGCCUAGCGUUAUGAUCUGGCGGGCAAUGCUCAGCGCCUCGAUCGAUCAGAACAAUGUGGAUUUUGCAAGGAGAGCAGCAGAGGAAAUACUAAAGAUCGAUCCAAUGGAUGAGGCGACGUAUGUUCUGUUAUCAAACAUGUACGCAGGUGCAAAGGAAUGGGCAAACGUUGCCUCAGUUAGGAGAAGCAUGAAGGAGAGAGGUGUAAAGAAGGAACCUGGCUUAAGUUGGAUAGAACAUCAAGGAGGCGUGCAUUACUUCAGUGUGGGAAGGUUAUCGCAUCAUCCGGAUAUUAAGCUCGUAAAUGGGAUGCUGGAGUGGCUUAACAUGAAAGCAAAACGAGCUGGCUAUGUUCCUGAUAGGAAGGCCGUCCUGCACGAUAUGGAUGGUGAAGAGAAGGAUAAGAGAUUGUGGUUUCACAGCGAGAGGUUGGCUCUUGCGUUUGGGCUCGUUCGAAUGCCGUUAUCAAGAAAUCGCAUAUUGAUCAUCAAGAAUCUAAGGAUAUGCUCUGAUUGCCACAGUGCUAUGAAAGUGAUAUCGAGUAUAGUUCAGCGAGAUCUUGUCAUCCGAGAUAUGAACCGGUUCCAUCAUUUUCAUGAUGGAGUUUGCUCUUGCGGUGACUACUGGUGAAUGGAAGGAGACAGAAUAUAGACACAAAUUUCAACAUUUUUUUUUUUUUUGAU